UGGUUUUGAAGGAAAUUAACCCAAAAAAGAAAAUUAAAAGUGAGCAAAAAUGGACAACACUUAAUCCAAAUAGCCACCCAUAUGUCACAUGUAAAUUGACCUUAUUUGGCUUUUCAUUAGUAUUUAUUUUUCUCUUCCGUGAUAUAUAAGAAGUACUUUAAGUCUCCAAAUUAUUAUACCUAACAUAAUCCCCACCACCAAAUUUAAAAACAUAAUCUUUCUAUGGGUUCCCUUAGAGAGGCCUACAAAGAUAACCCUCUUGAACUCCAUCACAUUACCCCUCUAGACUUCUCAUCUUUUCAAUCUCUUCCCGACUCCCAUGCAUGGGUCGAUCGCGAUCACCAACCCUUGUCCGAUAAGGAUUCUUCGCUGCGUGUCAUUGACCUAGCCGAUCCCGAUGUGGUCAAGUUGGUCAGCCGAGAGUGCGAGAAGUGGGGGAUGUUUUUGAUCAAGGGUCACGACAUCUCUCCGGAACUCUUGGAGGAAGUGGAAACGGAGACUAGGCGUUUGUUUUCUCGGUCCGCGAUUGAAAAGGUGAAGGUAAUGCGAGAGCCCGGUGGAGCCACGGGAUAUGGAGCUGCGAGGAUAGCGUCGUUCUUCGACAAGGCUAUGUGGCACGAAGGAUUCACUAUUAUGGGAUCAUCUCUUGUUGAACAUGCUAAGGUUCUUUGGCCAAAUGACUAUCAAAGGUUUUGCGACGUGAUGGAUCGUUACCAAUUGAAGAUGAAGGAGUUAUCCUUGAAGCUACUAGUGCUCAUCCUCAAAUCAAUCGAAGGUUUAAGCCACGAUGUGAUCACAAAAUGGGUAGAUGUGAUCCACAAAUCCGGUACGAAUACGAAUGCGAUGCAAUUGAAUUCAUACCCUCCAUGCCCGGACCCGAAUCGUGCGUUAGGUAUGGCCCCUCACACCGACUCACUCCUCUUAACCGUCCUCCAUCAGACAGGAGGCGACGGACUACAAAUCCUUCCAUCAGGUUAUCAAGCUCGUUGGACCAAAGUCUCCCCGAGACACGGGGAGCUUAUAGUAAAUGUUGGCGACCUAAUCCACAUCAUAUCAAACGGGCGAAUUCCGUCGUGUCGUCACCGAGUGAAAGUGGCAAACAAAAGGCAUCGAUACUCGAUGGCUUACUUUUGCGGGAUGCCAUUGGAUAUGGUGGUGAAGCCCUUCAUUAGUAAGGCAGAAUUUGCUAGGUAUAGAGAAGUUACGGUUAAGGAGUAUGUUCAAUUGAAAGCAAAGUCCCUUGAUAAGGCAUUGUCCUCCAUAAGGAUACAAAACUCAAGUCUUGGUGCAUAA